AUUUCAUCCAAAAUGGAAGAUAUGAACAUGGGCCAGCUGGUCAGAAUGUUACAACUUUUAAGAAGCCAAGGGAUACAAAUGCAGAUGGUAGGGGAGGAUGGGUCUGAAGAGGGUGGACAAAGUGGUGAGGAAGAGGAAAUAGAAGAGGGAGAGGAGCAGAGGCUUGAUAUUACGAAUACGUUUAAUUCACUUGAGUUUUAUAAUAAGCUUGAAGAGUAUAAGCUUUCGUCGAUCUCUGAUAACACAAUGCCACCUCUUUUGCAAAAAUCUCAGCUGAAUUUUAAAACUGAGAGUAUCGAUGAAGAAAAUAAAGAGUCUGUAACGUCACAGAUAAGUAUCGAAGAACAAUUAGAAGAACAAGAGCUUGAAAACUCAAAUGAGGGAUCUCCAAAAAGUGCAAAAUUUGACUUGGAUAAAUACAUGAUUUAUGGUCUCAGUGAGGAGCAGAAGCAAGAUCUAAGAGACACCUGGUUUAGUUCUUCAGAAGAGAAUGACCAAGAGAUUGAGUUCAAUUUUGUUCAAACCUCAGAAGUGGUGCCAAACUCUUAUGCUGGGAACCUCGAUUUCGAUUAUAGUAGAGUGUAUAACGGAAGGUUUACUCCCAAAGGAAAUCUCUAUUAUGGCACAAGUCAGGAGAGUAUCGGGAUAUAUGACACAGCAGAUCCUUACAACUUCAAGCACAUAAAUGCAAUUCAGGCGAGAAAUAUUAGAUGGACAAUUUCUUCUGUAGAUAUAACUUCUGACGAAGAGAAGCUAGCUUAUAGUACACUUGGUCCAAUUAUUCACAUUGUCGAUCUAUACACUCUUAGUAAGUUCCAUCAUGCUGUUGAUCUCAGACUGGAACCAGAUGGAACAAUGACCCAGUCUAACUUCAGAUGUGGAGGAUGUAAGUUCUCAGGAGAUGGAAAUGAAAUAGUUGCUGGAAGCUUCACAGAAGGAAUAGCUGUCUAUGAUCUCACAAGAGAAUGUAAAGUUGCCAAAAUUAAGAAAGCUCACAGAGAUGACAUCAAUAGUGUCUGAUUUGCUAACAGAGAAAGCUCACAUAUUAUCUAUACUGCUAGUGAUGAUUGCAUGAUCAAGGUCUGGGAUAGAAGAAUUAUCCAAAAUAACAAGCCUAUUGGAUGUUUUAUUGGCCAUACAGAAGGACUUACUUAUGUAGAAUCUAGAGGAGAUGAAAGAUAUCUUUGAUCUAUUUCUAAAGAUCAAACUAUUAAGUUAUGGGACCUAAGAAAAAUGAAUACAUUAGAAGAAUACAAGAAUCUUGGGAAUACUUUAAGCCAUUGUCAUGGAUUUGAUUAUAGAAUGCAUGACUAUCCUCAUCCUCAUAAUCCGAAUAAACAUGAUAUGGACUACUCUGUUUGCACAUUCACUGGAUUUGAAUGUCUUCAGACAAAUAUUAGAGCAUAUUUCUCUCCAAAGGAAACAACAGGGCAGAGGUAUAUCUAUACUGGAGGCUCUGAUGGCUCUGUUCAUAUUUAUGAUAUCCUAACAGGAGAGAACAAAUGCUAUGUCAGCACUGGCUCUAAAUCAGUCCUAAGAGAUGUAUCUUGGCAUCCUACUGUGCCUUUGAUCGCUACUACAUCUUUUGAAGGGACUAUUAAUUUCCUUGAUUUUGACAGCCACAACGGGUACAAAACCAAAAACAUUAGAAGAAAGAAAAAGGAGGCUGGAUAUUAUAGAAGAGGCUUCUAUUAA